GCAUGGGGCUGAGUUGACCUAAUGUUUAAUCUCUGGAAAGGCCUGGACUGUGGCAUUGAUCUUCUACUAACUAAAGAAUCACUACUAGAAACUUGAAGCUCCAGCUCCCUUCUCCACAAUGAACCACAGUGCUACAAACCAUCGAAUACCUCUAAGUGAUGGGAACAGCAUUCCUAUCAUUGGGCUUGGUACCUACUCAGAUCCUGCACCGGUCCCUAGAGAGACCUAUCUGGCGGUGAAAAUGGCCAUUGACGAGGGGUACCGGCACUUUGAUGGGGCCUACCUCUACAAAAAUGAACAUGAAGUCGGCGAGGCCAUCAGAGAAAAGAUAGCAGAAGGGAAGGUGAAGAGGGAGGAGAUUUUCUACUGCGGAAAGCUGUGGGCUACAGAUCACAUCCCAGAGUUGGUCCGCCCAGCCCUGGAAAGGACACUAAAGGGCCUCCAGCUGGAUUAUGUGGACCUUUUCAUCAUUGAAAUACCCAUGGCCUUUAAGCCUGGAAAGGGAAUGUAUCCUCGGGAUGAAAAUGGCCAAUGGUUAUACCACAAAUCAGAUCUGUGUGCCACUUGGGAGGCACUGGAAGCUUGCAAAGAUGCUGGCUUGGCGAAAUCCCUCGGGGUAUCCAAUUUUAACCGCAGGCAGCUGGAGCUCAUCUUGAACAAGCCAGGACUCAAGUACAAGCCAGUCACCAACCAGGUGGAGUGCCACCCAUAUUUUACCCAAGAGAAACUCUGGAAGUUUUGCCAGCAGCACGACAUUGUUAUUGUUGCAUAUAGUCCUUUGGGGACCUGUCGGAACCCAAGCUGGGUGAAUGUGUCUUCUCCAUCCUUGUUAAAGGAUGAACUUUUAAUCUCAUUGGGGAAGAAGUAUAACAAGACAGCAGCUCAAAUUGCACUGCGUUUCAACAUCCAGCGAGGGAUGGUUGUCAUCCCUAAAAGCUUUAAUCACAAAAGGAUCCAAGAAAACUUUCAGAUCUUUGACUUUUCUCUCACUGAAGAAGAAAUGAAGGACAUUGCCGCCUUGAAUAAAAAUAUCCGCUUUGUGGAGUUGCUCAUGUGGAGUAACCAUCCUGAAUACCCAUUUUAUGAUGAAUACUGAACAUCGACAGUUCUUCAAAAGAGUUUUUUCCUCUCAUUCAGGAGCUUGAGCUGGGUAAUCCUCUCCAAGUAUAUGAGAUCUUACGAUCCUCAGAAGAAGUUGAAUAAAACACACCAUGCUUAAUUUUUGUAUAGUAUGAACUCAACUUAGCUCUGAUGAAGAAAAAAAAAAAGAUUUAAUCUAUCUAAAAAGUUCUUUGAAAGUGCUUUGCUGGUAUUUUUAGAUGGAUGUCUUAUAGGUUGUUGAUGGAAAACAUUAAACUUUACUUCAAAAGUGGCAUAUAAAAGCAAAUUCUAACUCAUGAAUAUGAAACUAUUAUAGGAAGUCUGCAUUAUUUAGCCUUUGGCAGGACAGGAAAGAAGUUUAUAGCUGGCAUGCUUCCAGAUGUUGACCAUGACUUUGACCUCCUAAAGGUUUGGGCCAUUGGUUGCAAGACAGACACAGCUAAGACAGAAAUUUACAUGCCAUUAUUAACACACCUUGAGUACAGAGAUAACUAGAAGUCUAGAAAAGUCUUAAAGAAAAAUAUACAGUAGGUUGUCCAAGGGUUGUAGGGUCAUGUUGGAGUGCUUGCCUGGCAUGCUGGAGACCCCAGUGAGGGUGGGGUGGGGCCUAUUAGCAAAACCAUAAUGAUUCUUCUAUUAUUUGUUUCCAUCCAGUGUGCCCAUUCGGCAUUUACUGUGCUUGAAAGAUGAAAAGUAUUGAUUCUUUCUUAAAUUUUUUGUUAUUCAGGGUGGUGGGGAGUUGAGACUGGGUUUCAUGUAAUCCAGACUGCCCACAUUCUUGCUGUGCAUCUGAUACCAGACUUAAAUUCUGAACCCAUGAUCUCUAUUACAUUUUUAAGGGCCUGAGCUUCCACAUGAUUGGUAAGCAGUACUUGUACUCUGUUAUAAUCAUUCUUGCUCACAUUCAUCAAGAAAACUAUCAUGUAAAGUGGCUAGAAAAACCAACAUAUACAAAGCAAGCUUUUUAAACUCAAAAUGGUCUAAAGAUGGUGAUUUUAAAUGAAUGAAUUUUUAAAGGAGGAUUUGAGAAAUACUAGAAGAUAAGGUCUUUAAAAACUGCUUUUAGAAAGGCUUAAGAAUAUAUUUUGAUGAAGUUACAAGUUCUAAAAGAACAUGGAUAAUUUUAUUAUAUAUAAACUUUUAAGAAGUAAAUUAAAUGAUUACAAUUGUAUCUAGCUUUAAUUUAACUAGAAAAAUAAAGUAUAUUUGUUUGUAUUAGAUCACUUUCAAAGGGUGAGAGAAUUCUUCAAAAAUCAUAUAUUUCCAGUAUUGAUAGAUAAAAUUGAAUGACCCAAAGAGACAUUUUUGAGAAAUUAUGAGUUAAAAAUGUGAUUACAUGAAUUAUUUUUCCCAUUAUUAAUGUUAACAAUGCUGUUCUCUGAAAAAUAUUUUAUUUACAAGAUUAAUAAAGUAUGACGAUUUGCUCUA